UCUGACUGUGAGUCCCAGCAGCUCUCAGAUGUUUGAAGGACAGUCUGUCUCUCUGAGCUGUGAGGAGGACGACAGCUCUGCUGGAUGGACUCUGAGGAGGAACACGAGUCAUGAAACCAGGACUCAGUGUGGAGAUGGCUGGGGAAGACCUGCUGGUUCUUCCUGUAACAUCAGCCCCAUGGUCACAUGGUACAGUGGAGUUUACUGGUGUGAGUCCAGAGAGGGAGCAACCAGUAUCAGCAUCACCAUCACUGUCACUGGUGGACCAGUGAUCCUGCAGAGUCCUGUCCUCCCUGUGAUGGAGGGAGAAGACCUCACUCUGACCUGUAGAACAAAGAAGUCCUCCAACCUCCCAGCUAGUUUCUAUAAAGAUGGCUCCUUCAUCAGGACUGAGCCUGCAGGUCACAUGACCAUCCACCAUGUUUCCAGGUCUGAUGAAGGCCUCUACAAGUGCAACAUCAACAGUGUUGGAGAGUCUCCACCCAGCUGGGUCUCUGUCACAGAAAAACCCCCAACUACAAGUCCUCCUUCAUCUCCCUUUACUCCUGAUUCUUCCCCACCUCCCUCCAAGUUGUGGCCCGUUUCAGUAGGUGUUCUGAUUGGGCUGGUUCUACUGGUUCUACUGGUUCUACUGGUUGUGCUGGUUCUACUGGUGAGACAUUGCAUCCGUAGGAAACCUAAAGCUGCGGAUGCUGGAGAUGAUGACAACACAGACGACGUCACAUACACUGAUGUCCAAAUAUCAUGUAACCUGCAACAGCCAAUCAGACGGAGCAGAGCUUCGGACGCUGGAGGGGACGAUGUCACAUACACUGAUGUCCAAAUAUCACAUAAUCUGCAACAGCCAAUCAGACGGAGCAGAGAGAGUGAUCCUGCUGCAAUCUACUCCGGAGUGAGAACAGAAGACGUCAGUUAUGGACAAAUAGUGAUCAAAGACAAGAAAAAAUACAGGAAGAGAGAGAGAGAUCCAGCUGCAGUCUCCUCAUCAGUGAGAGGAGCAGAAGAUGUCAUUUACGGACAAAUAGUGAUCAAAUCAAACAGGACCAGAGAGUCUCCAGCAGAGCCAGAGGUCCUCUACUCUUCACUGAGGAAGACCUGAACACCAUCACACCAGUCCAACCAGUGGAGUCCAGCCAGCCAAUCACUGGUCCCCAGAGCCCCUCACACCUCGCUACAUUCAUCUGUUUGACUUCCUAUCUGUAUAUGUUAAGGCUAAAUGAGACUCAUGCAGCUACAAAGAGACAAACAACUCAACUCAAUUUAGAGCAUGUUGCAUUCUUUAUAUGUGUUUCGUUAAAUAAAACCAUAGAUUUCUUCCUCUAUAAGUGUUUCAUACAUGCACAACACCAACAAAUAUUUACUGAACAGAGUCUAAUGAUAAUAAUAACUAUUUACUGAUAUUUAUAUAUUGUAUUUAUGAGCUUGUUUCUGUGCAGGAUCAAUAAACUCUGGUGUCCCCGGUUGUUUUCCUCGUGUGGUUCUGUGGGUUUCACAUCUCUGACAGAUGGAACAUUUGUUCUGGUUGUGGCUAACCGAUCUACGCUUCUCUUCAGCGCAGAUAACUGAGAAACACACCGCAGACUAUAAACAGCAGCGGUUGGAAACUUUUACACAAA